UUGCGGAAGCCCUGCAUGCUUUCGAAAGAGGGAGGAAUGAGCGACAGAGACUAGUCUCAGUCUUCUUGUCCACGUUUUGAAUUUUGACCAUGCGUCGCUCGGAUAUUCGUGUCUGUUUAUUGGACUUGUUGGUGUUUCUUCACGUCGGCAAUGCGUUCCGGAAUCAAACAUGGCCGGUCCCUUACAGACGCUUCGACCACCGUCCCCAAGUGGACGCUUACUGUCAAGCUCUUUACCCCUUCUGCCCCACCGGAGACCGAGAGGGCCGCAUUCCCCUCAUGAAGGACACUGACGUCAUUUCAGUGUAUCGUCUGCAGACUCCUGUGUGGGAAUUCAAAUAUGGAAACAUACUGGGAAAACUGCACAUCAUGCAUGAUGCAGUUGGCUUCAGCAGUGCAGAGACAGGGGCCAACUACACCAUGGAGUGGUAUGAACUCUUCCAGCUUGGAAACUGCACUUUCCCGCAUCUAAGGCCGGACAUGUUCGCCCCCUUCUGGUGCAACCAGGGCGCUGCGUGCUUCUUUGACGGCAUUGACGAUUUCCACUGGGCGCAGAAUGGCACCUUGGAGAAAAUAGCAGAAAUCAGUGGUGAUCAGUUUAACCAUCUGGCCCAGUGGGUGGUUGACGACAACACGACGGGCAUCUACUACGAGACGUGGACGGUGCUUUCGCACGCGGGUCCCAACGCCACCAUGUGGUUCGAGUCGUACGACUGCUCCCAGUUUGUGCACCGCACUUACCGCAAGCUGAGAACGCUGGGUGCCAAACUAUCCAGCCGCUCUCAGACCAACUACACAAAGAUCUACCUGUACAGUGAGGAGCCCAUCUACCUGGGCAACGACAGCGCCAUAUUUAACCAGCCGGCGCUGAAGAACCUGGCGACAGACAUCCGGGACUUUUACCUCGAUUUCCGACCCCACCAGUCUCUGGCAGAGUUUGCCUUGAGCAUGCUGGAGGCUUACAAGAAGGUGGUGAUUGACAAACGUUUCUACUUCUACUACAACUUUGAGUACUGGAGGCUGCCCAUGAAGCCUCCUUAUGUGCAGAUCCAAUACGAGGAAGUGCCUCUGCCUUCAAACUGACAACUGGGAGACUAAAAAAAAAAUUCUCUCACCUUAUUUUUUUCUCCAUAUUAAAAAUUACAGGGACAAUAGCAAAACUAAAACCUGCAUUGGUUUUAACUCAAAAAACCCUGAUUUAAAGUGCUUGGACCCGCCUCAGAUGAUUAUUUUGACAAAUGUGUUCAUUAUAUGUGCAGAGGAAUGAGGUUCUGAUUGUUUAUUAGCAGUAGAUCACAUGUCCAAAAAUCUUGUACCAAUCUUUAGUUAGGUGAGCCGUAACACAAAGAACAUGUUUAAAUCGACAAUCUGACUUGUCAAAACUCAAAAUUACUGGGUCAACUUGUCAGCAUAGAUUUUUUUCAGACAUUUUAGCAGAUAAUAGCCAACAGAAAAAAAUAAUGUAAACUAUUUAAGAGCACAUUAAAGCUGCUGUCCAAUCAUAGGCUUUUAUCUUCCAUACUUUGCAAUUAGUUGUCCUGAAGGUUUCUCAUUACUAACAGUUAUUAAUGACAAAAGCUUUAUUAUGUUACGCCACCUCAAUGGAAAGAAACCUUCACAGGGUGAAAUAAAAGAAAUA